GGAAUUUCAAGUUGCAGUACUCACAUGAUGGCUACCACUGCUUCUGAUAGUGCAACCAAGGCAAAAAGACACUCUCCUUCAAGUUUUAAUAAAGAGAAGUUACCAGGAAAGAUGACUUCAGAUGAGUUAAAGACAAAGUUAUACCAGAGAUUCCAGCAGCAAGGAGUGCUAGAUGAACUCCGUGCUCAUCUACGAGAGAGACUUGUUAAGGAACUCUAUAGUAUGUGUAGAAAACCACAUACACUGCCAAUGUCUAAGCAUGAAGAGUCUACAAACUCUGCUAUUAACAAUGAAAUCACAUUACCAUUACAAGUUGCAAACUGGAUGGUACAGCAUCAUCUACAUCAGAUGAAUUAUGUGUACACUUUAUCCACAUUUAUGACAGAAGGAGCAAUGUCAGUAUCUGGUUUACAGAGUCUAACUGUUCAUGACAUACUCAUUCUGUUAGGCAUAUUUCCUGAUUCUUCUGUCCACAAGAAACUGACUAGUAACAUUAAAAGUAGUAGCUUAUUUUACAAUAUCAUUCAGGAGGUCUUAAAUGAUAUAACUUCCAAACAAACUAAACAGACGAGCCAAACCCAGACUGAAAGAAUUCUGCUUACUCCUGAUUCACUUCAGGAUCCUCAUGAAUUACCAGUUGAAAACAGGCUACAAUCAAUUGAUGAUAUGCUGUAUGAGAGAAAAAGAAAAACAUUUGAGAGGAAAUCUUUGGAAGAGGAACUAAAAUCAGUUGAAAAACGGGUGUCAAACCAAUCAAGAUCAGAGAUGAAAAGUAUGUUUGAGGAUUUUCAGCAGGAGUUCAAUAAUAAGAUGAAAACAAGAAAUUCAAAUUUUGUCAAUGAUCUCAGCAUCAUAGAAAAAGAACUUGAGUCAAGCUAUCAGAGAAAGUUUGAUGAAAUGAUUGAUAAAGAAAACCAAAUAAGGGAAGAAGCAAAAAGACAGCAAAACAUAGUUCAAGAGGAGACACACCAUUUACGAGAACUUCUAUCAAAAGAACUAAAUGCUCUUCGGAGACGAGAAACCAAAAUGAUAGAAGAGCUAGAAAAUAAACGAAAGCAGUUAGUAAUGGAAGAAGAGGAACUGAAGCAGAAGAAAGAGGACCAUUUGCUUCGUGAAGAAAAGCUUUUCAAAAAAGAAGUUCAUUUGGAUAAAUUUAUUGAGACUAAAUUAAAGGAAUUUCAAGAAAAGGAAAGGUUCAAAAUGAAACAGAAGUUUGAAGAGCUAAACCAACUAGAGAAAAAGUUGAGUGUAAGAAACCAAAAUUUAGAAGAAGAAAAGCUGCAUCUUGAAGAAAUGAAAAAUGAACAAGAAACAAAAGACAGAAAGUUAAGAGAAUUACAGUUAAUCAUCAAAAGUUUGGAUAGUGAAAAGACUGCACUUGUUAAACAGAAUGAAGCUUUACUAAACAGAUUGGAAAUUUUGUCUGACCACAGUGUCCUCAAAACUGACCUGCGGUCAACCACCAAGGAACUGGCUUCUACUAGAACUUACCUUGAAGAUCUACAAAAGGAAUUAGAAAGUGAAAAAGCACAAGCUGCUGAAACUAUUCGUGAAUUAAAAUACAAACUUAACAAACCGUCAACAGAGGUGAGUAAGCUACAAAAAGAACUGGAACGUAUUAAAGACAGUCAUAAACUAGAUGAAGGAAUGUGGCAGGAGAGAAGGCAUCGUUUGGAGAGGGAAUUAGAGGACACCCAACGACUGGCACAAAGCAUCACUGUCCGGAAUGAACAACUGUUGAAGCAGAUUCAAGAUAUGAACCUGGUAAUCAGAGAUUUGAGGGAACAAGUACGAGAAGCUCAAGUUCAUGCUGAUGCCAAAUCUUUUAUUACAGCACAAUGUACUGAAACUCAGACACAACUACCCACAUCUUCAAGACUUGCAACAGACAUUGAAAUGCCUAUACACAAUAAAACAUCUUCGGUAGGACGUGCAAGCACCACCUUUCACCCACUUGGUUCAUUUUUCGAUACCUCAUUAUCAAACACCCAUCUUCCACCUGAGCUUCAGUUAGUUCCACCAACAUAUCCCUUUAUGAACCAAAGUUAUAUAAAGAAUGAAUCUGCUAAGUUUUUAUCUGAGGCCAAGCACAGGAUUAAAAGGCUACAGCAAGAAUCAGAAGUAUUAGAUAGCAGGUAUAAUCACUAUUUGCAAAACCGCUCUUUAGAUUCAUACUCAUAUUUAUUAAAAAAUGCUUCAUCUUCAUACAGAAUUCCACCAGACAAAGCAUUCUUAACAAAUGUGACCAGUGAAGAAGUCAUUCUAGAGAAAAAAGGAGAGCAUGAUAUGCAACAUGUAACAUUACCUGACAAGGUAAGCAGCAGUAUUCUUAACAAGACUAAAAAUUUCUUUAACCCAAUUUCAAAAUAUAUUCCUAAGGAUGAUGAUGCCAGUCCUACAGUAAGUACACCAGUAAAAGCUUCCAAAGGCAAACGUUUAAGCAAUAAUAGUUUAGAUUUAUUAAACAUGCAACAAAAGUUUGAUACAGUUAUGGGUGAAACUUCUGAAUGCAAACAACCAAUUGGGCCGCAAGAUUGUUUUAAAGAUCUCAAAUCACUUUUAGAACAUGAUUCUUCUGUUUCUAAAGAUAAAAACCCUGAUUCUUCCAGUCAGGACACAGAUGAAGAGAAAAGGUUAGGCCAGGCAACUUCCAAAGACUUAGAAAAUGAAGUGAGACAUGGUUUUGUAGAAUCAGUAAUUAAGCAAAAUACAGAAUGGAAAACCCAGCUACCAUUAACAUCUAAUAGUUCAGAAAUUAAUGAACCACCUGAAUUUAAAAAAAUACCAGUUAACUUGAAUGCAGCAUGGGAGAAUCAAAUGUCUAACUCAUGUAAAGAUUCAGAACUUACUAAAACACCAGUUAACUUGGAUAGUGCAUGGAAAUCCAAAAGAUCUACCUCUUCUAAACUUCUACCCAUUGAAGAACCAGUUAAUCUUGGUACAGAAUGGAAAACACAAAGGUCCGUUCCUUCUAAAAUACUACAAAGUGAACAGCAUUUGGAAAGUACUGAAGCUCCUAUUAAUCUUGAUAAAGAAUGGAAAACACAAACAUCCACCACUUCUAAAGUUCUACAAAGUGAAGAGCUUUUGGAAAGUACUAAAGCUCCUAUUAACCUUGAUAAAGAAUGGAAAACACAAACAUCCACCACUUCUAAAGUUUUGCAAAGCGAAAAGCUUUUGGAAAGUACUGAAGCUCCUAUUAAUCUUGAUAAAGAAUGGAAAACACAAACAUCCACCACUUCUAAAGUUUUACAAAGUGAAAAGCUUUUGGAAAGUACUGAAGCUCCUAUUAAUCUUGAUAAAGAAUGGAAAACACAAACAUCCACCCUUUCAAAUGUUCUACCGAGUAAAGAACCAUCUAAUAAUAGCAAAUCUAUAGUUAAUCUUGAUGCUGUUUGGAAAGCUCAAGUCCCUAUUUUGAAAAGUUCUGAAAGUGAAAUAGGAAGUUAUCUUACAAAACCAGUAAAUAAUUUGGACACUUCAUUAGAAAAUAAAAAAUCUACUACAACUAAAAUUACAAAAACCCUUCCAAAGUCCCAAUCAGUGUUAUUAGAGGGAGAUGACAAGAACAUUGUGACACUUACAGAUAAGAAUGAAGUUCCCCAUGAAGAAAUAGACUUAGUUAAGGAAACAGGAACUAAUAAAGCCGAACCUGACACAGUUCUUUUAAAUAAGCAUCGAAAUUUACCUGAUCCAGUAUUGAAUUCUAAUAAAUCUUUAGAAAGUAGCUUGAACACACCUUUCAGCCCCAUUCACACUUCACAUGUUUCUGAACCAGUUUCAAUUGUUACUAAAAAAAAAUACUUCUCCGAAGAUGGAUUCAUACAGCACCCCACAGCAACCCAUUUUUAAAUCUGCCUCUUCAGCAAGAAUAGAAAACUUGGGAGAAUCUUUACAUAGAGACCUUGAUGAUUCCAAACAAUCAUUCCAAGAAAAGACAGGGUUUACUGAAGUGAGAGAAAAAUCUAACAGCACAUCUGUUCCAGGACAUGUAGAUUGUGUACAAGAGAAAUAUAUGUUUUUGUCGGACAACGUGGAAAGAACAGAAACAAGACAAAAUUCAAAUACAGUAGCUUAUGAAAACCAGAAUGAAGUGAACAAAGAAGAGGGAAUAGGGGAAGAUGAAAUCAGUGAAAUAAGUGACAUAAACUUGUCUGUAGAGAGCGUGGAAAAAGCUUUAAUGGAUGUACAAUCCGAAUCAUCUUGGUAGCUUAUUUUACAGAAAAUUUAUUCAACAUCAUGAGAUUCUUAUACAUGUUUGAUUCAUUGCUCUCGUGAUUUUUAUAAUUCAUGUUCACAAAAAUAUUCUGUUUGAAUAAACAACAAAAGAGGAUGUUA